CUGCAAUACACCAAGUCACAUAAAAUCACUUACCCUUCUUGUAAACUGAAGGCUCUGAAAACUUGUGCAACACCAAAAAAUGGCUGCAAUAUCGACAGAAAGUUAAAUAGAACAAACCUUACUUCAAGUAAUAAGUGAAGCCAACUGGUGUCGCAUGUGUGUAUUGCGAAUAAACAGAAAUUUAUAACAUUUCGGAAAACUGUCGUAAAUAUUUAAAAUAAAAAGAUGGGAGAAGAUCCAGUUGGCCCAGAAAAAACUCAAACUGACUUUAUUAAUGAAGAAUUAAAUCUUAAUGUGGAUAUAAAUAAUGAUAAAAGUAAUUCUAAAACUGAAACACUAUCAAAUGGUAAUUCAACCGAAGAAUGGAUAGACAUUUUGGGAAAUGGACAACUUAAAAAAAAGGUGGUGAGACAAGGGAAAAAUGGUACUCGACCAAAUAGAUCCGAUAUAUGUACCUUGAAAAUUAUUGGCAAAUUAAAAGAUGGCACGGUUGUUGAGGAACAUGAAAAUCUUGAAAUUCAGUUAGGCGAUGUUGAAGUAAUUCAGGGAUUAGAUUUGGCAAUUGCGCUCAUGGAUGAAGAAGAAGUUGCUGAAAUUGAAGUAGAUCCAAGAUUUGCUUAUGGCCAUUUAGGAAAUGAACCAAAUAUACCAUCUAAUGCAACUAUUUUAUAUACAGUUGAACUAAAAUGUGCUAAACUAGAAGAUGAAAUUGAAACUCUUAGCGCUAAUCAGCGGAAAAAAAUUGGGAAUAAAAAACGAGAACGUGGGAAUUGGUGGUUUGCUCGUAAUGAACCAGUGCUUGCAAUUCAGUGUUAUCGAAGAGCAUUAGAGUUUUUAUUACCAUCAGAAAAUCGUGCUUCGUAUCAAACAGAUGCAGAUGAUUCUACUACUGAUAUAGAAUUGCAAGCAUUAUUAGAAGAUUCUAUGAAAGUAUAUAAUAACUUAGCAGCUGCACAGAUGAAAACACAAGCAUAUGAUGCAGCAUUGAAAAGUGUAGAUAGUGUUUUGAGUUGUCAACCUCAAAAUGUAAAAGCACUGUUCAGGAAAGGAAAAAUUUUGCAUUACAAAGGAGAAAAUACAUUAGCAUAUCAAACAUUACUGCAGGCAGCAAAAUUAGAACCAGAAACAAAAGCUAUUCAAGUUGAGUUAACAGUUUUGAAAGAAAAGAUUGCUAAAGAGGCUCAACAUGAGAAGAAUUUAUAUCGCAAAAUGUUCGGUACACAUAAAAAUAAUAUACCUUUAAAAAAUACAAAAAAGGAGAGUACAACAAAAGCCGUAUCGAAUAUUACGUGGAGCUUGAUUGGCGGAGCAACUGCCGCAAUAGCGGGAUUUCUUUUAUACAGAUUUGUUUCGUGAAACAAAACUGAAAAAAUUAAUAUAAUGUGAAAAGUAAAUGAAACUUGGGGAAUAAACAUUGUAAAAUGUACUGAUAUAUUGUUAAACGUACUACUUAUAUAUUGUUAAUCAGCUUUGUUUAUAAAAAAUAUGAGUGUAAAGAUAAGUGAGCUGUAAAAACUGGUGCUUUCAUAAUAUAAUGUUACACAUAAGAAAAGGUCGUAAAAUUGAUCAAAUUCCAUUGGAUCAUAUUAUUUUAUUCAUUUCUAGUUCAUAUUUUGAUCUGUACUAUUUGCAAAAAACUUUCGCUAUUUGUUAUUUAUUAUACCUAUGUUUUUAUUGUACAAAAUUUAUAUUCACCUCUUUGAACCAGAUAUUUAGAUUAUGUAUAUGCAAGAAUAAAAAAAAUAUAUGACAUUAAGCAUUUA